UUACUUUAUAACUAUACUCAUGGAUACAUCCUUCGAGUAUUACAUUAAUUACACAGGAUAUCAGUGCAUGCGAUCUUGCAUGUUCUAAACUGUUAUAUAACUCGGCCCCAACUUUGAGGCUCGUCUUCGAUAACCGGGCUCCGAUGUAUAUUGAAUACUGGAUACCUCCCCCCACCACACCUCCCCCCACCCUGAGUCCUGCUCUGGUCACUUCACGGACCAGGAAAUUUAUACCCUCCUACACCCCCACAACACAGGCUCCUGAUGUUGGAGUAUCAGCGGAAGAGCAACAGAUAUGGAAGACCCGACAGAUAGCGUACGGCUACAUCGCUCCAACCUUCAUUUUUGUGGGCAUCUUGGGGAACUUGCUCACCAUUCUCAUACUCAGGCACACUCGCUUUAAAGGGAUGACGUACACGUUCUUCCGUAUCCUGGCCUGGAGUGACCUGGUAUCCUUGCUGUUCUGCAUUUCCUUCGUGGUCCAUAUGCUGCAGCCUCUGACUCCAAGCUACGCAACGGCCUUUUGGUACGCGCAUUUCGAAGGAUUUUGCGUCAACGUGCCCAUGACUAUAUCAGUUCUUACCGUGGUGCUCAUAACCAUAGAGCGAUACUUCUCAGUUUGUCGACCAACUCAUUUCAAGCAAAUUCAUUCCAAUAAGUAUGCCAAAAUCGGCUUCGGAGUGUCGGUUGGCAUAGCAGCUGUAAUUUGGCUGCCGGUAUGCUUCAUGAAAAGCGUGCGUGAGUACACCGAUUGCGACUCUUAUAAUUUCGGUCGUCCUCCCAAAAGUAACCAAACGUAUUACGUGGCUUGCAUGGAAAGGAACACGCUGGAUUCUGUAGCAUACAUGUUUUAUUCGUGGACUCGGCAAGUUAUUGUGUCGUUUAUCCCUAUAGCGUUGCUUAUAGUCCUUAACGUACUGAUCAUCAGGCGUUACAUCCAAGUUGCCAAGAAACGCCACAGUUUGAGGCAAGCUUCUCCUGCAGACGAUGAAGCCAAGAAGGAUGGCGCGUGGAGUACCAAAGAAGAUCGCAACCUGAUCAGGAUGCUGUGCGCGGUUAUGAUAUCCUUUUCCAUUACUAUGUUCCCUCCUGGUAUCGCCAACGCCAUCUAUACGGAAUUUCUUUCCACCAAACUCCAGUAUGAGAUUUUCCGAGCUGUUGCAAACGACCUAGAAAUAUUGAACCAUACCAUGAACUUUUACCUAUACAUGCUGCUCAGUAAGCCAGUGAGGGCAGCAGUAAAAGGUUAUUUCAACAAAGCCUUGAACUCGAUAAAUGAAUCUUUGAACUCAGUCGAGCAUCGAACCAAACCCGAGCUUCAGCACCAAGUUGAUGCUCCUAACUCAAUGACACAAACUUGCACAGAAGUUGGUGCCAAGAAUCCAUCAGCAAGUAGCGGAUAUCAAAUUUCACCUCGUCCCAUCAGCCAGGUGUGUCUUGUCCAAUCCGACUCCUCGACGUCACCCAUUUCGUCUUGUACUGACGAACUCUCCGAAAAUCUCACCGAUGAUCGAACAAAAUGUCCUGCUCAAAAGGAAACCUUUGCCUUUGCCAACAAAAUUCUUUUGAAUAUAGAGGAAAGUGUCACACCUGAACAGACACCGUAGGUCGUAAUAAACUUGACUAUUAGGAUAGUGCUCUCAGUGUUCAAAUUUGUGAUCAAAACGAAUUACGAUAAGACUUGAAAGGAUUGAAAGAAGCCUAGUCUCUUUACUGUUGAAGUAGAAUUCUAACGGUUGAUAACAAAAGUUUCAUGUUACUUAAUAUUUUAUUAUUAAGGCUUAUUAUUAUUUAAGUGAUAUGU